AUGUUCAGCGGGGCGUGCGGUUUGGAAGAAACGCUUCUCUACAUGCGGGAAAGUAAAUGGGCUACAAAGUGGAUGGAGUUAGAAAAAAUUGGAGUUAUAUGGAGUGAUCUGGAAGCACGUCAUAAGAUAUUUGCGAAAAAAACAUUUCUGUCUUCACCUCAAAAAGCCAAAUCGUAA